UGGCAAAAUCUCAGCCUCUCUAUCAGUCUAGCUCUGAUGAGCCUUGGACAAUAAUUACUGUAUUUCAGCAAAUCAAAGAGCUCCGCUUCAGUUCCUGGGUGCAGGCAACCUAUGGCAGAAUAACGAUCUCUGCGUGAUUCCACCAUUUGAAGUCCAUUUACAGGGAUGGGCAGAGUAAUAUAUUCAAGAGUGCACUGAUAAGCUCAGAUGGAUUCAACAGGCCGCUGAGUAAAACGCUGGGAAGCUUUACGGUGUGCUGUUGAUUUUCCGAUACAGCCCGAUUCCUGACUUUACCAUGAAGAUCUCUGGGACUUCACUUGACCUGAGUGCAACAGACUAUGGGAUAACCCUGGACCCUACAUUCACCAUGCUGGAGUUUGACGGUCUACGUGUUCUCCCUGUGCAAACAGAGCCACUAAUAACAGGCCAUAUGCCUGCAUCAGUACCAGUGGCUGCGCCGCAGCAGAGCAGCAUGAAUCUCUGCGCUAUCUGCGCAGACAGAGCUACGGGGAAACAUUACGGUGCGUCCAGCUGCGAUGGCUGCAAGGGCUUCUUCAGAAGGAGUGUGCGCAAGAACCAUGCCUACACAUGCAGGUUCAGCAGGCAGUGUGUGGUGGACAAAGACAAAAGAAACCAAUGUCGAUACUGCAGACUUCGAAAGUGCUUCAGAGCUGGCAUGAGGAAAGAAGCUGUUCAGAAUGAGCGUGACCGUAUCAGCUGUCGUAGAGAAGGUCAAGGUGUUGGGACUCUCACCAUCGAUGUGCUGAUGCAGGCUGAGGCUUGCACUCAUCAGGCAGAGCAGAGGCUAACCAGCGACCUGAUGAGAGACGGCGUUGGUGGAGGGUUGAAUGCAAUGCUGUCAGAUUACCUCAUGUCCCACUCAGCGAACCCCUCCCAGAAUCCCAUGAGGGACAUCAAAACCAAGAAGAUAGCUGGCGUGAGUGAUGUGUGUGAAUCCAUGAAACAGCAGCUCCUCCUUCUAGUGGAAUGGGCAAAGCGCAUCCCUGAAUUCUGUGAGCUGUCGGUGGAUGACAGGGUGGCACUGUUAAGAGCUCACUCCGCUGAGCACCUCAUCUUAGGGGUGGCACGACGUUCACUUCCUUACAAUGACAUCAUCCUGCUGGGAAACGAUUUCAUUAUUCCUGUUCGAGGCACCGAGCAGGAGAUGUCCAAGGUAGCCACUCGUAUCCUGGAAGAGCUGGUGAGACCUCUGAAAGAGCUGAACAUCACAGACACUGAAUUUGUCUGUCUCAAAACCAUCGUCUUCUUUGCCCCAGACUGUCCUGGACUGCAGUGCACUCAGGCAGUGCGCCGACUGCGAUUCCAGGCCCAGGUGCUGCUGGAUGAGGCCACGAGCGAGCAGCGAGGCCGGUUUGGGGAGCUGUUGUUGUUGCUGACCACACUCCAGAGUGUGGCCUGGCAGAUGGUGGAGCAGCUGCAGCUGAUGCGUCUCCUGGGCAAAGCCAAUGUGGACAACCUGCUGAUGGAGAUGCUCCUGGGAGAAGAAGCUUCCAGAGGAUCUGAAGCACUGCCUGCAUCAGAGUCAAAUCCUGAGCCACUUAUAUUCACCGCAGCUACAGAGUCUGUCCUCUCCAGAGGAAUACUGACGGAGCAUAUCCCAAUGCCUAACUUCACAUCCGUGAUCCUUCCUGUACCCUCCUCUCUGUCUGAGGAUCCCCUGCUAUCCACACACACCGGACCGGAAGUCUUCACACAUGGACAAGCAGCAGACAUGCCGAGAGAAAUGUCCAACAGUCUCACCAUGCCCACUGUCCACACGUGCCUUUAACCACAUUUACAGUAUAAAGGGCCUCAGUUAAACAGACAUAAAUAACUUUAUAUACUAAAGACUGCUGCUGAUAGACACACAGACACUAAAAUUAAAGAUGAGGAGUCCUUGUAUUUUAAUAUAGUGAAUAAUGAUUAAUAAUAGUGUUAAAAUCUAACAGUUUUAAAAUUUUAAUGUGAGUGAAAAAUUAACAGACAAUAAAAAGCCUCCAAGGAGUACAUAAAUAUUUUGUUUUGAGAACACUGGUAAAUGAUUGUCUAAUUUAUUGGAUGGUGACAUGGCAGAGCGCAUGCAUAACCAUUACAGUUCAACAGCUCUCAUGGGUUCAUGGUUCAAUCAGAUACCAGAUGUCAAACACGUGAGGGUUGGUCUGCCGGAAUUUUUUUUUUUUUUUUUUUUUUUUACUUGAAAAUAUGAGGAUUUUCUCUAGGCCUUAAAUAUAAUUGUUUUGUUAUGUAAUACAUUGUAAAAAUAUUUUUGAAGUUGUAAAUAAAACAGAUUAUUGAAGUAGA